CAUGCUUGUCACAGUCAACGUUGCAAUAAAGCCAGAAAGAUUUACAACAAGUGUUUGUAGAUAUAUUUUACCACUGAAAAAAUGGCUAAAUCACCAGCAAUCGGUAUUGAUUUAGGAACAACCUAUUCUUGUGUCGGUGUAUUUCAACAUGGCAAAGUUGAAAUCAUCGCGAACGACCAAGGAAACCGAACGACUCCGAGUUAUGUCGCUUUCACAGACUCUGAGAGACUUAUCGGAGACGCCGCAAAAAACCAAGUCGCUAUGAACCCUUCCAAUACAGUUUUUGAUGCCAAGCGCCUUAUUGGACGUAAAUUUGAUGAUCAAGAAGUUCAGUCUGACAUGAAACACUGGCCAUUCGAUGUUAGAAAUGAAGGAACCCGACCAAAAGUUGAGGUUGAAUACAAGGGAGAGAAAAAGCGUUUCUUCCCAGAAGAGAUCUCUUCCAUGGUGUUGACCAAAAUGAAAGAAACUGCGGAAGCCUAUCUGGGUAAGAAAGUGACCGAUGCUGUUGUCACAGUACCUGCGUACUUCAACGAUUCUCAGCGUCAGGCAACCAAGGAUGCUGGUGUUAUUGCUGGCCUGAAUGUUCUCCGAAUUAUCAACGAACCAACAGCUGCUGCCAUUGCGUAUGGUUUGGACAAGAAAGUGAGUGCUGAACGAAACGUCCUGAUCUUUGAUCUCGGUGGUGGUACAUUUGAUGUUUCCAUCCUCGCUAUCGAAGAUGGUAUAUUUGAAGUGAAGUCGACAGCUGGUGACACCCAUCUAGGUGGUGAAGAUUUCGAUCAAUACAUGGUGGAUCAUUUCGUCAAAGAAUUCAAGAGAAAACACAAAAAGGACAUUACUGGAAACAAACGUGCAAUGAGGAGAUUGCGAACCUCGUGCGAACGUGCAAAGAGAACAUUGUCUUCUAGCCAACAGGCUAAUGUUGAAAUUGAUUCACUCUUUGAAGGAAUUGAUUUCUAUACAAGCAUCACCCGUGCCCGAUUUGAGGAAAUUUGUGGUGACAAAUUCCGAAGUACCUUGACUCCAGUGGAGAAGGCUCUCAAGGAUGCCGGACUUUCUAAAGCAGAAAUCCAUGAAGUCGUUCUUGUUGGUGGGUCCACCCGAAUUCCCAGAAUCCAAAAGUUGCUGCAGGAUUUCAUUGGCAAAGAUUUGAACAAGUCGAUCAAUCCAGAUGAAGCUGUGGCAUACGGUGCAGCAGUUCAAGCAGCCAUCUUGUCUGGUGACACAAGUGAUGAUGUCAAGGAUCUCUUGCUUAUUGAUGUCACUCCAUUGUCAUUGGGUCUUGAAACAGCUGGUGGAGUUAUGACGGCCAUCAUUGCCAGAAAUACAACCAUACCAACCAAGAAGACUCAGACCUUCACCACCUACUCAGACAACCAACCAGGUGUCUUGAUCCAAGUUUUUGAAGGUGAACGAUCUAUGACUGCAGACAACAACCUCCUGGGGAAGUUUGAGCUCUCUGGUAUCCCACCUGCCCCUCGUGGUGUCCCACAAAUUGACGUCACCUUUGACAUUGACGCCAAUGGUAUCCUCAAUGUGAGCGCAGUUGAGAAGAGCACUGGCAAGGAGAACAAGAUCACCAUCACCAACGACAAGGGAAGGUUGAGCAAGGACGACAUUGACAGAAUGGUCAACGAAGCCGAGAAGUACAAGGCGGAGGAUGAGAAACAGAGAGAUCGUGUGCAAGCGAAGAAUGGUUUGGAAAGCUAUGCAUACCAAAUGAAACAAACCAUGGAGGAUGAAAAGUUGAAAGACAAGAUCAGUGAGGAAGACAAGAAGGCCGUUAUAGAUAAAUGCAAUGAGGUCAUUAGUUGGUUGGACUCCAAUCAAACUGCGGAAAAAGAUGAGUUCGAAGAUAAACAAAAAGAGCUGGAGAAAAUAUACAAUCCAAUCAUCACAAAGGUCUACCAAGCUUCUGGUGGUGCUCCUCCUGGUGGAAUGCCUGGAGGUAUGCCAGGAGGAUUUCCAGGUGCAGGUGGUGCUACUGAUGGUGCCCCACCUACCCAACAAUCACAAGGCCCAACCAUUGAAGAAGUUGAUUAAACAAACUAUCAUGUUACAGACACUCAAUUAUCAUAAAAAUUGUUUUGUAAUUUUGUUAACUAUUUCCUAUUUCGCAUUGUUUGUACCUAUUCUACAAAUAACUGUUGUGUUGUUUCCUU